AUGUUCCUCCUAUCUCUGCUACCGCUCCUCGCCGUCGGGGUCUUCGGCGCCGACGGCCCCGUCACGAUCGACGGCAGCGAUGCCUACAAACAACAGCGCAACUGCGCCGCCGGCUGCUUCGUGCAGUUCAACGACGUCGGCUACCCCAUCGCCAUGGAAAUCUCGUGCCCGACCUUCCGAGUCCAAAACGACUGCUUCUGCCGACCUGACCUACAACAAGAGGCCAAUCUCUACAUCUCGAGCUGCGUCAAUCGCGGCUGCAGCCAGAACGCGCACGAUAUCAGUCUCGCGACGAAGAUCUACGACGAUUACUGCACGGGCAAUGGGUACACUCGGCAGGCGGAGGUGACGGCGCCCUCGCCGACAGGAGAGGCGACAAACGAGGAGAAGAGUUCUUCGGGCGGAGGACUAAGUAAGGGGGAAAUUGCAGGAAUAGCUGUGGGCUGUAUCAGCGCCAUAGCCACGGUAAUCGGAGUGGUUUUCCGGUGGAAGUCUUACCGCAUGAAGAAGAAGAAGCUGCAGGCCGAGGCGAUCCAGCCGAUACAGCCCCAUGCGAUACAACCUCCUGUUCAGCAGCAGUGGGGAGGGAAGAAGAGGUCCAUUUAUGUCAUGAGUAGUGAUAGCGUUACUAGGAAUCAUGGAAAUGCGCAUACUGUUCGAACUCUUAAACGAGAGGAAUUCCCCAUCAACAAUAGAAUACGAAGUACGAGUUCAGUCGCCUCACGCUUCUCGACGUCACUUGAGUUGAGCCGAGGUCCAGCAUCUGCCUUCGCCCCGCCUCCGCCCCGCCGCGGACUCGGAGAAAUCUUGGGACUUUCCGACUCCGUUUCCCCCGGCGCCGUUUCCUCGCGUUUUGAGGCUCUUUUACUGGUCACUGGCUGGAACGGAGCAGCUGAAGACCGUACUUCGAGGACGAGAACGGGCCCAGGCCGGUUAGGGCAAAAGAUUGAUCUGCUCGAUCACCAAUGGCCGUCGUUUGCCGGAUCGAGGGAAAAGAGCACGACUCUACCUGCCGGAAAUCACGAGUGGCCGUUCGAAUGUGUGCUCCCGGGUGAUACCGCCGAGACCGUUGAAGGGAUUCCCGAAGCAUCCAUCACCUAUAAGCUGAGGGCCACAAUCACGAGGGGCGGGCUAGCACGUGUUCUGCACACCCAGAAGCACUUCCGGAUACUUCGUACAUUUCCACCCACGGUGCUGGAACUCAUGCAAGACGCGACAAUGGAGAGCACGUGGGCUGGGAAGAUCGACUACUCUAUUUCUCUUGGCGCAAGAGCCGCCGCCCUGGGUAGCUCAAUACCCCUCGAAAUGAGAUUCACACCUCUUCUAAAAGGUCUCAAGAUCGAAGAGGUCACGGUGGCGUUGAUGGAGGCCCGAGAAUAUCACGGGCCGACAUUAGCCUUCUUACCAGCCAAAGAGCGCCAGGUCGCGCGUAAGGUGUCCACAUGGACCUUUCAGCUAAAGGAGGAGGAUUGGCAGGACUCGCCUGAUGGUUUAAGCCAGGAGGGGUGGGUGCUGAGUAAAAGCCUUCAGAUGCCAACUCGUGUGGGCGAUUGUGUCCAGGACUUGGAGGUUCACGGCAUCAGGGCUCGGCAUUGGGUCGAGGUGAAGACCCUACUACACAACCCCGACGGCCACGUGUCCGAGGAAGGCUACGGUAUCCCUACUGACAAGCCCCUCGUCUCUCCUCAUCCCGCAUUGAUUAGAAUCAUGGCGCUACGCCUGAUGCCCCUCGGGGCCUCCAUCACCUAUGGUAGCGGCUCAUCCGACGGCAACGGCUUCAGAAAGUUCCUCCGCGAGCUCUUGGUCAACGACGGCUACACCGUCCGCAUGGUUGGCUCCCUCAAAGCCGGCACGAUGGAGAACAACGACAACGAAGGAUGGAGAGGGUACAGGAUCGACCAGAUCGAAGAGAGAGGGAAACUCUCCGCCGCGGAAUUCCAACCAAACAUAUUUACCAUCAACGCUGGUACCAACGACUGUCUCCAGAACCACGGCAUCGAGGGGGCGGGCGAGCGGAUGAGACACAUGCUCGAUGAGCUGUGGAAGCUGUGUCCUGACGCGACCAUGAUCGUUUCUACCGUGCUCGUCAAUUCGACGGCAGGCGGGACGGUUGAGCCGAGGGUGAUUCGCGUGAAUGAGCAGUAUCGCGAAGUCGCAAGGCGGUGCGUAGCCGAGGGGAAGAGGGUUGUUCUCGUGGAUAUGCAUGGGCCGGACGGACCGCAGCUGAGGGAUUUGGUUGAUGGGACGCAUCCUGAUGAUGUUGGGUAUUUCAAGAUGGCAAGCAUUUGGCAUAGAGGGAUACUGGAGGCGGAAACGAAGGGAUUCCUGGGGACCAAGCGGUGGGCGGAUACGAGUGUACGAGAGGAUUGGGGGCUGCGUGUCGAUUUGCAUCUCGAUUUUAGUCGAGGGAAUUAA